AAUAAAUAAGUAUUCUUAAAAAAAUAAUAAUAAAUAAAUUGUACCCGCCCUCCUCUGGCUCAGCACCGUCAUUCGUCGUCAAUGGAGAAACUCAGAAAAGCGGUAAACGAGAUCGCGUACUGUAAGGACCACACUAAACUUUCUCCUCUACAUCGUUCAUUAGUCCCCGUGCUCUCAUUCGCCUCCGCUCUAUACAGCGUCGCUCUCUCUCUCCGCCGCUCUCUCUACUUCUCUGGCCUCAUUCACCGCAACAGGUUGACAGUUCCGUUGAUUAGUGUUGGGAAUUUGACAUGGGGAGGUACUGGGAAGACUCCCAUGGUGGAGUUCCUUGCGCUUUGGCUAGUUGAUUCUGGAAUCUCACCUCUCAUUCUUAGUAGGGGUUAUGCUGGUGGGGAUGAAACUAAAAUGCUCCAAAGACAUCUGCUAGGAAGACCUGUGAAGAUUGGAGUUGGUGCAAAUAGGGCAGCUACUGCUGCAUCUUUCUUUGAAAAAUGUGGUUAUGUUGAUCCUAAUACAGUCUCUGAAAGACUUUGGGUUGAUGCAAAAGAAUCAAGUCGUUCUGGAUCUGAAAAAAUUGGUCUUGCCAUUUUAGAUGAUGGAAUGCAGCAUUGGAGCUUGCAAAGGGAUAUUGAGAUUGUAAUGGUUAAUGGAUUGAUGCUGUGGGGAAAUUGUCAUUUACUUCCUCUCGGACCUUUAAGAGAACCUUUGAUCGCACUUAGGCGGGCAGAUGCUGUUGUUAUCCAUCAUGCAGACUUGCUUUCAGAACAAAAACUCAAAGACAUUGAGUUAAUGGUACGAGACGUAAAAGAAUCUCUACCCAUUUUCUUCACUACAAUGGCUCCUACUCAUAUUUUUGAUGUGAGAAGUUUCAACUCAAAAAAACCUUUGGAAGCAUUACGUAACACCAUUGUGUUAUGUGUUUCUGCCAUUGGUUCUGCAAAUGCAUUUGUGCUGGGCAUCAAGAAGUUGGGAGCAGUUUAUGUUGAUCAACUUGAAUUCAGCGACCAUCACAUGUUUCAAUUCACGGAUAUGGAGAUAGUGAGAGAGAGACUUGGAGAGCUGGAGAAGAAAUUUUGUUCCAAGCCCAUCGUUGUAGUUACAGAAAAGGAUUAUGAUAGAGACCCAGAUAUUUUCAAGCACCUGGAUCCUUUUGAAGUUAUGGCACUUUGUUCUCAGUUGCAAAUCACUUCCCAAAGGGGAAUUUCUGAAGAUAGCUUCAAGAAACUUUUGAAAGAGAUGCUAACAGAUAUACUAGAUAGAGAACAUAAGUAGCAUACAUCACUCACUUGAAAGUAGCACACUCAAUGCCUCGUUAGUUUUGCCUACUCAUGAUUUUUUUUCUUCCAGAAUUACUAAGUAAUAUCAACUUUAUAAGAUAGAUAAUUGAGCAUUACUGCAUUCGAGUUAAAAAAUUUAUACUGUGAAUAAUGGUGGGUGAUUAUAUUAUUGUUGUUUAAGCAUAUGAAAAUAAAUAGGGGAAUUUACAUUUUUAUGGCUUUUA